UGUUAAACACAGUUCUAACUGAGAACACCCGAAUGGGAAUCUGAACACUCCUUUAAUAAAAGAAGAGAAAAUACUAACCUAAAAAAAAAGUCAUCAGUUUUACAUAUAUCAAACGUAUAGCGAUAACAUGGCAAAAGAGCGUAGCGUCUUGAAAAUAAUUUGGAACAGUUUUGUAUCCUCGCUGAAACCUCGCUUUGCCCGCCGCAAAUUAAUUGGCGAGGAUUAUUUUGGCACAAAGUACUAUGAGGAAGAUAUUCGUUAUUCCGCUCGGAAAAGGCCACCGCGGUAUUUCAUUCCAGUGAACAAGGAAGACUUCGAGCAAGAAUUACCCGCGGAGUGGGAGGCUUGGUUGAGAUAUCGUAGAAAAGAACCACCCACGCGAGAGGAAAUAGAAGCUAAUUAUCAAUUGGCAAUAACUAAGAAGGAGAAUGCUGCAAAGCUUUUGAAUGAGAAUCGCCCAAAAAAUGAUACUACUAAUCUUCCCACAUCAUCCACUACUCAGACAACUCCAGGAAAUUUUCCUGUCUAUGAAGAUAUGAAAGAUUUUGGUAGUGAUUAUAAACCAAAGGACUCGUACAAAAAAUAAUAAAUAAAUAAAUAAAUAAAGAAUAAAACAAUAAAGAAUUUGAUGAAAUUUCUAAAGAAUAA